UGACUGGCAUGGAGCGAGUCAGUGUAUCUCGAACUGUGUGAUCGGAAAGCUAUGCGCCAUAUCCUUCGAAGGAGUGGAUGACUUGAUUGCCUGUUUUUAAUCGAUCCAAGUGUGUGAUAUUAUUAACUCCGGUGCUAUUAAUUGAAGAUUAUCAUUCCCUCUGAACCCCUGUAUUCACUGUUGAUAUCGCCGAUGCUCAGUGGUUGAAUUUAAGCCAUUGUUACAAGUUUAUUAUUUCCUCUGGGCUUAGACCAACUUGCUUGCAGUAACUUGAACUCUCGACUUCUGUUUACCUGGAUGAAAUGUUUUGACUGAAUUCAGUUUCCAGGUAUGAGCGCACCUUCGCUUUUGUUGGGUUACCGUGUAAACAAAUGAGUAAAUCAAGAAAUUCAUUUUGAUAUGGGUCCUAGAAUGUGAGAGAGAAUCAUCAUCGCUCCGCACUUCGAAAAAAACCCCCGAGCGUCGCAUAAUGACCCCCUCGUGACUCCUCUCAGUAGUUUCUACGACACACAUUCUAUAAGUAUUCGUUAACUGUAAACUCUUCGUUGAUGCGAAAGCUAAAAACAGCGCAUUGUACAUCAAUGAAGAGGAAAAAAUAUCAGUAACUAUGUCUGAAAGUGCCCAGAGUUCCCCCCGUCAGGAUCCUGCCGAUCUGACCCUAAUCCUGAGGAAAAUCAGGGAGGUUCUGGAAGAUCGCAAAUACCGAAGGAAAACCUUCGAUAGCAAGGAUGCCUUGACCAGCGCCCCCAUUGCUCCCGACGAGGACGAUGACGGAGAGCUGUCGUCGACCGAGGGCAACGGGAAUCUAGAUGACGUGAAGGAGGCCUUUGGCGCUUGCCAGACCAUUGAAUGGAAGGAGCAGGAGUAUCGCUACCUGAGGUCGAAGGUCAUGGGCCAUCGCAGGAGGGACACGAUCAGUGGAUCGAGCUCUGCAUUGCUGGGAGCGUCCACGAUACCAGCCGUCCAUAAGCUGCUGUUGCGGUCUCUGUCCACCCCAAAUGCCCCGCAGUUGGCAAACUGCACCUACAAAACCUUCCUGAGACAACGGAGGUCAUCCUUGGCCCAAGAGAUUGAGUCGCCGACUCGGGAAAUGUGUGGUUGUGGCGGUCCGAGGGACGCGAAGCCCAGGCGACGCAAGAGCGGAGUCUCCUCCAGAGGGAAGCUGCCCUUUGAGAGCGACGCUAGUCCCACCGCCAGCCCUCGUUGGGAGAACCCGAUGCCAGUGUGUGCCAAAAUUAUCAGCAAUGUCAAAUCGAGUGCCUGGUCCUCGAGGGAAUCUCUCCUCUCUAUUCCCUCGAGGAGGAGUCUGGAAUCGAGCGAGGAGGACGUCCGGAGUGUCAUAUUGAAUCCUAGCAUUGUAAGUGAAGCUUGUGAUAACGAUAGUAAGAUAAGCAACGGAAUCGCGAGGUCAGUGUCCGAGGAGACUCUUAAGUACCACCAAGAGAACAAUUCCACCGAGUGUCUGUCCCUCCAGAGUGACGGCGGCGGUGGUGGGGGGAGUGGGUCCCGGGCGGACACGCCGAAAAGGGAAUGUGAAGGUGGCCAUGCUCUGGGCGAUGUAUGCCACAGUUGCGUGGCAGCAGCUAGGUCUACUACUACCUCUUCCUCCAACCAGGACGAUUCAGGGGGGCUGGGUGGGGGCGAGUCCGCGAGUCCUACGCCCACCCUGGUCAGCAGCAUCUUUGAUUCUAUUCCGCACAUUGAUUCUUCGUCGGAAGACGAUGAUGAAGGAGGCAACAACGUUAGCAAAGCAUCCUCGUCGUCGUCAUCUCCCGUCAAAACAGGCUGUGGAGAACAGCCGCAAAAGAAGGGAGACGCAGGAGACGCGGCGAACAAAACGACAGCAUCCAGUUUUGUUCCCGAAUACCCGCCGCUGUGCCAACCCGAGGAGGAUUUAUACGCCAACGAGUGGCAGAUUGCGACAGCGCGACGUGCAAUUGUAGUGCAGGAAUCGAGCGGACUCUCCGACGACGACGAUGAGGAAGAUGCUGAUGACGAAGACCCCUGCAUUAACAUCCCAUCCCCGAGGGGAAUUAGUGACCCCGUCAGGAGCUACACCAGUCCCGCCCUUAGCGUGAAUGACGUCGUUGUACCUGCAGCGCCUACAGGCGGAGUCUGCAAGGACGGCUCGCAGGUCGUUGAAGUGUUGAAGUGCUGGGACGCGACGCUUCCCCAUUGGCUGGCCAAGUGCUGCGGCGGGCAGGGAGCACAUUGUGCCCAGAUACCCACCACCCUCACCCUCGAAGGCUCAUCGCCCUCGUCCCCCUCAAGGAGCAGCAAUGCUCGUCCUCAGAGGCACCUCCUUCUCAUUCCGGCCGCCCACCUAAUCCAACACAGUCACCAUUUGAAGUUCCUGAAGGAGGCCGUACGAGACGUGAAGUGCCAAGUUUGCAUCGUGAGCACUUCCCCUUCAGAAGCAGAGGCCUCUCGCGCAGUCCUUCAGAGGGAAGCUCUUCAGCAAUUCGAAGUGCUGAGUCAGCAUGAAUUGUCCGAAAGAGUUUCGAGUGAUCAACUUACGUCUUUCUUUGGAGGCACACUGGAGUAUGACCAUUCUUCAUGGCGAUCCAUCUGUAACAUCCGCGAUGAAUUACUAAAGGAACUGAGCUCCUGCGCCGUCCUUCUGGAAGCAAGCGUACGGACGUAUGGAACUCCUUCCUCUGUGUCACUAGGGUCCUUGCCUAAUCUGAACCACCCUCGACGUCCCUCUACAUCGCUCGACCCUUCUGCUCCCGACAGGUCGUCAGACGCCGACCUUCAGGAGACCCGGAAGUCCUUGUCUAGUGCCAAAGCUCUUCUGAGGCAGAUGGACAGCCAGUGCCAAAAAUUGAAUGGGGUUGGUUUGGCCAGGUCAUGGCUGGGCGAGUGCUCUGAGCUUAUCCACAGGGUCGAAAUGCUCCUUGACCUUUUGCUGAGCCAGAGAGCGUCAGAUUCCCAUCGACAGAAGAUGUAUCAGCGGGAGGCCAACUCGGUAGUAACUUGGUUACUUGGCCGGGGCGAGGAGACCCUCGCUCGCCACCAGACCUUAGCAGACACACUAACGGGCAUCACCAGGCAGGAGACAGAGUUCCUUAAGUUCUACUCCGUUGCAAUGCGUCAUCUGGAGAAGGGCGGGUCCCUUCUGCAGGAGGCAGCGGCCACGGGUGAGACUGACAACAGUGUGAGGGAGCUAGCCCGGGCUCUCCAUCUCCACCUUACCCAGUUCACCGAAAGGCUCCACCACACCAGAGAUCGCCUGGAGGAUACGGCUCGGUGCUACCAUCUCCUGGAUAAGGCCUACGAAUGGGCGCUAGAAGCCAUGAAGGUAGUAGGGCGUGUGAAGAGCGAGGGGUUGGCAUCACCUGAACAGGUGGGAGCUGCCGCUCGCGCCCUCACUACCUACCUGGAGGAACAUCCACCAAUACCUGAAGACACCUUCACCGCCAUGAAUGCCUUAGCAACUAACCUCAACAAUCAUACACUCCUGCAACAGUGCAAGAUGGCUCAGGUUCGAUGUCAAGAAACAAACGAGCUUCUCCGUAGUCGACAGGCGGUACUUCAGAAAGCCAAACGCCAAAUGGAAUUCGACUGCCAGAGCUUUGUCGAUUUAGGUGAGGUUCUGGGAGGCGGGGAGGAGAUGUCACCAUUGGCCUGGCUGGCAUGUUCCCCUCUGAAUGCCUCCGGCCGACGAAGAUCCGUCUCCUCUGUAAGUUCAAGACCCAGGGAGUCUCUAUCCAGAUGCCCUUCACUCGACACGGACGACGAUUCAGUAUUCCUAGAUCCUCCACCGCCUCCACCACCCUCUAAGAUCCCUCUGGAAGGUCGCACAAGUUUGGGUGGAAUCAAGGAAGUUCGCGAGAGUGCUGAAGACCUCCAGCAGUCAGCGUCAUCGCCCAACAACACCAUGCAGAAGCAUCCUUCGUCCACACCAUCGGGCACAGCAACUUCCUCCUCAGGUUCCAGCGGGACGAGUGGGACGAGUUCGUGCUCCUCGAGUGAUAGCUCCGGUCCCAUCAGCAUCAAUAACAAGUUCAUGAAGAGGAGCAGCACUUGGCAGUAUGGCAUUGUGCCCAAGGAACAUUCAGAUGAAAACUCAGGCCUUGAUGAUGGCGUUCCCCUGUCACCAACCAGUGCUAAGAGCAUUCCAUCGUUUUCGGUGAAUUCUCAUCUACUGAUACGUGGUUCGCAACUCAAUCUCUCAUUUAACACGGACGAAUUAUCGCAGGAAGAAGUAAAAAAGAGCAAGACAUUGCUCAUGAUAAUGAGAGAACUUAUCCAGACAGAGAGGGACUAUGUCAGUUCUCUGGAAUACAUAAUAGAGAACUACAUCCCUGAGCUGAUGAGGGAAGACAUUCCUCAGGCACUUAGAGGCCAAAGAAACGUCAUCUUUGGAAACAUAGAAAAGAUCUACGAAUUCCAUUCCGGAUAUUUUCUUCGCGCUCUCGAGGCCUGUGAAAUGCGCCCUUUCACUGUUGGCUCCAUUUUUCUAAGAUAUGAAAGUCAGUUCUAUCUAUAUGCUCUUUAUAACAAGAACAAACCAAAAUCCGAUGCUCUCAUGUCGGAGUAUGGGUCUGCCUUCUUCCGAGGAAUGCAGCUGGAACUUGAGGAUCGUAUGGAUUUAGCAUCCUACUUGCUGAAGCCAGUUCAACGAAUGGGAAAAUAUGCUCUUAUUUUGAAACAGCUGUUGAAGGAAUGUAGCCGUGGAGAUGAAAAUUACGACGAUCUGAUGGGAGCACAAGAAAUGGUUCAGUUCCAACUACGACAUGGCAAUGACUUGCUCGCAAUGGAUUCCUUGAGGGACUGUGAUGUAAACCUCAAGGAACAAGGUCGACUACUGAGACAAGGGGAGUUCGUCGUGUGGGAAGGAAGUAGAGCAAAAAAAUCUGUCAGGCAUGUGUUCCUAUUUGAAGACUUGAUCCUCUUCAGUAAGAGCAGACGGGAUCCUGAGAAGAAGACCCUGGAUAUAUUUCAGUAUAAGCAUAGUAUGAAGAUGACAGAUAUAGGUUUGACAGAACAAGUCGGAGACAGCUCUACUAAAUUUGAAAUAUGGUUCAGAAAGAGAAAGCCUUCAGACACUUACCUCCUCCAAGCUCCCAAUACAGAAGUCAAGGAAUCUUGGACUGAAGAAAUUUCCAAGUUGUUGUGGCGUCAAGCCCUGCGGAAUAGAACAAUGAGGUUACAUGAGAUGUCGUCAAUGGGAAUUGGUAACAAGCCUUGCUUGGAUAUAAGACCAAGUGAAGAUCAGAUCAGUGAUAGGUCAAUCAGCAUUAACCAGUUGAAUAAAGCACCACGUCUUCGCACUGGAUCAAUUUCGACAAUCGGUGAAACUAACGGAGUAGGAAAACGACCCCAUUCUAUAAUCUCUGUGAGUUCAUCGUCAGCCUCAUCAUCAGCUUCCUCAGCCUCCUCGGUUCAUUCCUCCGCCGUCUGUCCAACUUACGUGGGGACUCUGAAUUUGGGGUUUGAACCUGGAGAUUCCCCACGAGCUUUGCAUCGUUCAGUUACCCGUACCAGUCAGUGCUCUGCAGAGAGUGGAAUCCUAGCAGACAUGUACUCUGGUGGAGAUGAAGAUGCCCAGUCACAUCGCAGAGUUGAGAGGUCUAAUUCAACUGUAACAACAAUUUCAGUGGAUUCUGCCCUUUCACCAGUUUCUUCAACUUCGCCUAUCUCGCCUACUUCCCUUACCUUACCUUCUUCUCUCACUACUAUUUCAAAUAUAAAGCCUUCUGAUGUCAUUUAUGAAGCCCCUUCAGCACAAUCAGUGCCUAAAGAGUCUCCUGCCAAGACACUUCUUACAACAGAGGUUUAGUAAGGAGGAACAAAGGCCAAAAAUUCAGAAGCAAAAUUGAACAAAGUCGUUAGGGUUACUAUGUAUUUAUUGAUAGCUCAUAUGUACAAAGAUUAUAUCUGUUAUAAUAAUUAUAUUAUAUUAGCGAUUAUAUUUUGUAAAUAUAUUGGCAGUGAAGCAUAUAUUUUUAGUCACCAACUUGUCAUAGCAAGACCCACCAGCGCUUAAAUUGCUAAGUCGGCUUUUAUAUAUGUAGAGUAGUGAUGCCAAAUUUUCCCUUAUUAUCUUACCAUAACUACAGUAUUUUAUUAUGAGUUUACAUAUAUAUAUACACAAGUCAUAUGGUACCUGCUUGUGAUGCUCCUAUAUCAUGAAUUGGUCUGGUGAUGUCCAGAAUAACUUAACUCGACUGUCUUCCAUAUAGCACCAUGUAGUGUGACGUAGAUCUUUUGGACCGUUCUUCAGGAAACGUAUAAAUAGUAUCAAGAGACAUAACAAUUCAUUAGGUGAAUUGCUGUUGUCGGAUCCGUAGUGUUUAUGGUGCUAUGCUGUGUUACUAAGACUUUUUUCCCCCCUUUUCUGGCUUCGUAUUAUUUAUAUACAAAGUUAAUUCUGCUUUGUAUUAACACAUUUACUGACAUGUUAUAGUUCAGUUCAAUCUUCAUCAGUUUUGAACAGUUUAGUUCCUAUAAGUGUUAGGAAUGUGUAAAGGCAUUUUCUUUCGUUUUGUAUCUACAGCAGUUGCUACAUGUUUGCUGAUACAUGUUGCUGUACAAUUUUUUAAAUAUCUUACAAUUCUGAGCUUUAAUUGCAAUCUUCAUCAUCAUUUUCAAUGCAGUGAUCAAGAUCAGAUGCUGGAAUCUUGUAAUAAUAGUAGUUUUUGAGUCAGUAUAAAAAAGAAAUUAAGAUAUUUUCUAAUGUAUAAUAGUUAGCUAACUUGGUUGUCCUGUUUUUCACUGCUGUUUCCAAUUUUAGUGAUUGACUGCAUGACAUCCCACACUGUACCUUGCAUCUUGUAAAUAUAUUUUAUUUUGAUAUUUUGUGUAAAACUUAUAUACUAUGAUAUCGACACUGAUGAAAUUUUUUCGUGUCAGUCAUUGUAUGCAACACAAACUUUGAGAGUACUUUUCUUGAAUGUUUAUGCAACAAAAACAUUUUACUGUGCCACAGUUUCAGUUGAUCCGUGUUUACAUGUACUAUAUUUCUACUGUACCAUAGUUUCCAACUUGUUUAUAUUUUUUCUACUUCUCCUUGUAAAUAAAAAUUGUUUUCUUUUAUGAUUAUUCUUUUCCACUAUCACUAAAUAAAGUCUUAUAAUUAU